CUACUUUUGGACUUUAUUUUAAUGUUCCUUGACCUCAACGUACAGUUGGUAUUUGACCCUAACCUACAGUUCUUGUUCAACUAAUAAGUUGUGUAAGUGAAGUAUUAAACGAUACAGUGAACCAAUUAUCUUCACACUUUAAUAAUUAUUUUAACAUAUCUACUAUUUACUAAAUAAAAAAAUGGCAAAUCUCGUGCGACAAAUUGUUUUAUCUGCCAAAGCACCGGCACCUUUAGCCAUAUACAGCCAAGCAGUUUCUUUCAAUAACCUAAUCUACCUAUCAGGUUCGCUGGGAGUGAACCGAGACACAAAUAAAUUAGUAGACGGAGGAGUGGGACCUGAAGCCAAACAAGCUCUAGAAAAUAUUAAAAACAUACUAGAAGCUGGUGGAUCCAAUAUUCAAAAUAUUGUUAAAGCAACUGUGUAUCUUAAAGAUAUCAAAGAUUAUGCAGCUAUGAACGAUGUUUACAAGCAGUAUUUCACCAAAAAUCCUCCUGCCAGAACCGCUUUUCAAGUUGGAAUGCUUCCUCUCAACGCUUCUGUUGAAAUUGAAGUUAUAGCAGCUGUGGGAGACGUAAAAACCACUCAUUCUUAAUUGUAAAUAAAAUAAUAUAUUUAGGAUAAUAGAUUUUUAUCACUAAUACCAGAAUAAUAUUAUCUUACCUGUAUCAUUUCCUCUUAAUGUCCGAAGUUCGAUUACAAUAAGAAGAACACCGGUACGUCAUAACCAUUAUUUUGAAUUUCAAAUAUAAAUUAUCUGCAACUAUCAAUACAUACAGAAUAAAAUGUUUUUUUGAAAAAUAAUUCCUAUAUUCCUAUAUAAUAUUAACACUCCGUCAACGAAUUCUACCAAGUGAUGAGGGAGAUGUGUUGUUCUUUUUAUUGUAAUCGGACCUAUCUGUAUGAUAUCCUCUUCCCUAUACAGGAUAUGCAAGGAAAGAUCCCGUGGAAAUUAAUGUAUUCAAAUGAUGUGAUGUUCGACAAUUGGGUAGAAGUCAGCAAAAUGAUUGAGACUGAAAUUGAGACUGACGGACUGAGAAUAAUUAGUUUAGAAGAGACAUAGUAAAAUGUAUAAUCUGCUUGUAUAGAUAAGAGUAUGUACGUCACGAUGGCGUUUAUAGUUAGGUUUUGCAACUGACUUCUCUCAAGGGACCACAACGGAUGCGCGGACUAUGAAGACUAGAGCUUCAUAGCGUGGACUAUAACUUUCAUACUAUUCUCUAUCCGAAACCGAGUAGCCUCUACUGAAAUAUAAUUUUGUUACUAAUUAGACUAUGAAGACUAGUCUUCACGAAUUAGAUACAAAUUAUUAGGCAUUCCAAACAAAGGAACUGUAAGUGGGAAGGGUUGGUGUUAAAAAUUCACUUUUUAACAAGAAAAAUUAACCAACCUGUAUAUAAGAGUUGCGUCGCAACUGUCAUAAUAAGGAUGAGAAAAGAAAUUGUGACAGCAGUGACAAUAGAUAAGUUGAUACAUCGAAACCCAAAAAAGUUUCUCUAAAAUUCAAGUUAGCACCCCAAAUCACAAUUGAAAAGAAACUUUAGAAAUGUCCUUCCGUUGUGAUUCAGUUUAGUAUUUUUUAUAAAUUGGCAGGCUAGGCGACUACUAUUUCGAUUAAAAAUAGCGUCCAAGGUGGCAGGCUAUGUUGCAACCCCUUAGAUAUACCAGCCCUGUACACCGGCAGCUAUUGUUUGACAGGUCAUUGAAACGUUGCAGUUGUAUGAAGACUAGAGAUAAGGGGGCGAAUCGGCAUACUCAAAAUACGAUCCCAAAAAACGAGCUCUAAUGAGCUUUUACAAUUCACCGCAUGAGAUAAUAAAAAUAAACAGAAAAUACUGUUGUAUUUAUUUUUAAAUAAGUCUUGCAUGUUUUAAUUGAUAAAUUAUUUAAUUUUAUCUAUAUAAAAUGCAAAUUAGGUAUGACCAAAUUCGAAAAGGUUUGUUAAAUGUUGAAAUUUAGUGAGUACAAUUUUGUGGACAAUUUCUUUUAAUUAUACUAAAUAUAGUUUUAAAAGCAAAAUAAAACACAGUUAACAGAUUUUUUAUUGUUAUAAUAAAAGCAUAAAGGGAGAUUUGAAAAUGUACAUGGUAUUGCCUCAUCUUUUAAUUUCGCCCUUCCUCUUUUUAUUUUGUUAACGGUACCAUCAGUAAAAAGAGUCAUAAUAUUUGGAAAUAUCUUCUAAAAUAUGUAGAACAGCAUCUUUUCUAGAAAGUGCUUUACCGGCCCUAGGAACGAUAUAUAUGGUGCCAUUGUUCUAGGCGUUUAGGAUCCUAUAAAAAACGUUUACAAUGACAAAAUUGGGGUUCAACAAAAAAAAACAGUAGUAACUCUUCAUCUAAUAUUAAAACUAUAAAAAAACAAAUAUAAUUUUCUAGUUGUUUGUAAGUCAGGAUCUAUGACUGUAAAAUUUUAUAUUAUAUAGAAACUUGUAAUAAAAUAAAUUACACUCCGU